UGCAGUCGUUAGUUUAAGGUGCGCCAGCGGAAAGCCAAUCAACGGUAUCUUCAUAGUUUGUUGUUGAAAGAGUUCGACUAAGUGAAUCGACAAUGAAAAUGAACAGUAAUAAGAAGUCUUCUAGUGCUAAGAAAGGAAAAAUUCCUCAAGAAAAAUUAUUCUGUAAUUAUGUGCAUAGGGUAUGCAUGCAGACACGUUUAGAUGGUUAUGAUUAUUGCCUAAGGCAUAUAUUAGAAGAUAAAACAGCACCAUUCAAACAGUGCAGUUUUGUUCAUCCUCAGAAUGGCAAACGUUGCACUAAAGCUGCUCCUAAAAAUGAUAAGAAAGAUGGCGUGUGUCCUUGGCAUGCUAGAAAAGCACUUUUAAACAGAAGAGCUGCAAGCAUGAAAAGAACAGUUCAGUCUCCCAAAGCAAUUUUAGAAGCAUUGGAACAUUAUUGUGCUGGACCACAUGAUUCUCAAAACAUUAGUGGAAAUUGGAAUUAUUCAUCAACUGACAAUGGAACUCACUCCAAUUUUUCUCUAAGUAAAUUUAUAGAUAGAGACAUAGAUAGUGAUAAUGAAAGAGAAACUACUGUAGUUGAUCAAACAUGGCGAAAAUCCAUUGAUAGUGAUAAUGAAAGCAUUGAUAGCGAACAGGAUGAUCCUUUAAAGCAUGCUGGGGUUUACACUGCUGAAGAAGUAGCAAUGAUUACAAGAGAUAAGUUAAUUAAAUUGCAGUCACUAUAUAUUGAUCAGUUUAAAAGACUUCAACACAUAUUGAGAGAAAAACGCCGAUUAUAUGUUCGUACAGUAAAAUCAGAAAAAGAAACUUUAGGACCAAUACAGAACCAAAAUAAUGAUGUUACUUAUCAGAAACUGAAAGCUUUACAGAGAUAUCAUCAAAUAUAUGGCAAAGAAGCCAUUUUGAAAGCUCAAUAUAAAGAGAGAAGGAAAGCUAUAUCAGAAGGAAGUAAUUACAUACCACCUUCUUAUCCCAAAUGUGUCUUUCAAGAGGAUGGUCACCAGUGUGGUUUUAGAACUAUUCCUCUCAGUAAAUACUGUAAAAAGCAUAUAUUGUCUGAUCCACAUCAAGUAUUAUUUAAAUCUUGUCAUGGUAAAGAAGGUGACUGUAAUAAGCCAAUUAUUCCAUACAAUGAUCAAGUCACAUGCCUAUAUCAUGCUCAUCUAACAUCCCUUCCAAUUGGAAAGAGUCAUAAUAUGAACAAUCCUCCAGAAAAUCCAGAAAUUUCUCCCAUGGAAACAGAUGUACUUUCACUAGAACCAGAACACUUUCAAUCAAUGGAUGACAUUGCAUCACUUGGUCUAGAUGUAGUACAGCCCGGUUCGUUGUUUGGACUGAAUCAGUUUGGGGAUCCGGGAGAAUCGACAGACUCCGCUCUAUCCGGAGACAACGCGGGAGAUCUCAUCCAGCCUCUCUCGCUAAAUUCCUCAGACAUUCUCUGCACAGAAAGGAAGCAGUUGGAUCAGGAAGUGGACAAAUAACUAAUCAAUAAAAGAAAAAAAAAAAAAACUUUGUUAUAAAGCCAA